CGGGGACACCAAGUUCACCAUCCUGAAGCGCUACCAAAAUCUCAAGCCUAUCGGAUCGGGCGCGCAGGGGAUAGUCUGCUAGAGCCGUGAUAUACACUACCUAAGUUAAGACACGAGAGCCGCCACGAGUCUGAGAGCUAGUGAGAGACAGAGAAAAAGAAAGAAAGAGAGAGAAAGAGAGAGAGAGAGAGAGAGUGAGAAAGAGAGAGGCAAAGAGCCUUUAAAAAGAGGUAAUGCGAUGGCGACGAAUACGACGGAAUCAAGCAACGUUCGGAGCGGCUAUCGUUGUCACGUUUUCGGCGACACCGAGCUUUGCAUACCCGAGAGAUACGUCGACGUCGUACCGCGUGGCGUCGGCGCUCAGGGUAUCGUCUGCGCGGCAUACGAUACCGUCACUGCGCAAAAUGUGGCGAUUAAGAAGCUGUCUAGACCUUUUCAAAACGUGACGCACGCGAAGAGGGCCUACAGAGAGUUCAAGCUUAUGAAGCUGGUCAAUCAUAAAAACAUAAUCGGUCUCCUGAAUGCGUUUACGCCGCAACGAUCGCUGGAUGAGUUUCAAGAUGUGUAUCUGGUGAUGGAGCUGAUGGACGCAAAUCUGUGCCAGGUGAUCCAGAUGGAUCUGGACCACGAGCGUAUGUCGUAUCUCCUCUACCAGAUGCUGUGCGGCAUCAAGCACUUGCAUUCGGCCGGCAUUAUCCAUAGGGAUCUAAAGCCAAGCAACAUUGUUGUGAAAUCUGAUUGCACACUGAAGAUUCUCGACUUCGGCUUGGCGAGGACCGCCGGUACCACAUUUAUGAUGACACCUUAUGUCGUCACACGGUAUUAUCGGGCGCCAGAGGUGAUUCUGGGUAUGGGAUACAAGGAGAAUGUGGAUAUCUGGUCGGUAGGCUGCAUCAUGGGCGAGAUGAUACGCGGUGGUGUUUUGUUCCCAGGCACGGACCACAUUGAUCAAUGGAACAAAAUAAUCGAGCAACUUGGCACACCGGCGCAGGAGUUCAUGCAACGACUGCAGCCGACCGUCAGAAAUUACGUGGAGAACAGGCCGCGAUAUCCAGGUUAUCCCUUUGAGAGGCUAUUUCCGGAUGUCCUAUUCCCCUCGGAUUCCUCGGAGCACAAUAGAUUAAAAGCGAGCCAAGCUAGGGAUCUAUUGUCGCGCAUGCUCGUGAUCGACCCGGAGCGACGCAUUUCCGUGGACGAGGCGUUGCUACACAAUUACAUAAAUGUCUGGUACGACGAGGGGGAAGUCAAUGCUCCCGCACCAGGUCCGUAUGAUCAUAGCGUGGACGAGAGGGAACAUACAGUAGAUCAGUGGAAGGAGUUGAUCUAUCAGGAAGUGAUGGAGUACGAGACAAGCCACAAUUCUGCGGCGGUCGCUCAAUCGUCAGAGAGCGCCGGGAGCCGGUAGAUACCGCGAAGCAGUAACCCAUCCACGAACCUCUUCUCGUCAAGAAAGCAUCCGGACAGUCUGACCUACUGUCUAGACAUUGCCGGAACGUUAUAACGAGAGAGGAAAGGAAAACCAGAAAAAGAAAGGGGUGGAAAGAAAGGAAGAAAAGAAAGAAGAUAAAUCGACGUCCACAAACCUAUCUCCCUCUCCUUCGGGAAGGCAAGAAACGCGAGUGGGAAAAACAUGGCAAAGGGAGAAGCUUACUCUAUCGAGUGUCGCGGGGGGACAAAUCAUAGUCUUUUGGCAGUAUGUGUGAUCAAGUGACGAAACUAGUCUCGAAGAUGAUCAGUUAAUAAUUUCCUCGCUCAAUCUUCUCUCUCCUGGAACGAUCUGGAUGACCUGGAUAAACGCUCCUGCGGGAGAUCAGACUCGCGGCCGCCAUACAACACUUUUGAGAGAUACCAUCGAACAUUCAAGACCUUCGUCGCUUUCUUUGCGUUUUGCCAGAGCAAUGGAGGUCGGUUGGAAAGGAUUACGGGAGAUCUCCAGGGUUUGGAGGACAAGCUCGUGGAAAAGAGGAUCAGAAAAGAUAAAACUGCCCGGAUGAAGAAGAAAUUCUCGCAUUGCGCAUUAUCGUCUCCUCAACUACUGCCAGUCUGUUGUUGAACGAGCCUCUUCUCUCCUCCCUUCAGUUUAUUCGUUUCUUCGAUUGACGCGAGCUCUCCGAACGCCUUCUCCGGAAACCCUCAAGUUCUUGUUUCAUGGUACGGUAUUUCUAUCUCGGUUCCUUGCUGCGUCUAUUUAACUUUCCUUUUGGAGUUUAUUCGCUCUGCGAAUCUGAAAGCGAAUGUCAUGUCGAACUUUUUGAUUGUCUCACAAUCUUGGACGGUGUUUGUCGUGCAUUUCAUAGCAAUAAAAAUUGACGCGAAAGAGAAACGACUUACAAAUAUCGUUCCCGUGAUAGUUUUAAGGUUUUACAAUCAUUGGAGACUGGAUGAUCGUUCCUUUAACUUCCGGAAGAUUAAGUGAUGGAUUGAUCGCCCGUUACAACUUCCCAGAAGGGCCGAUCGAGCGCAUUUAUCGUUUGCGCGCGAACAACGUAUACUAUAUAUUUUUUGUACCAUUGUUAAGCACACACGGGAACACAUUAUUCUGAAUCACUAUUAUAACUUUAACGUGACUACGUCUUAUACCUUUUCGAAAUACAAGGUACAGAGAUACCAUGUAAAGAGAGUAAGGAAAAA